AGCAGCAGCAAUAAAAAAAUAAAAUAAAUUAAUACAAAAAACACAAAAAACAUACAAAAACCAAAAAAAAAAAAAAACAAACAAACAAACAAAACGAAAUACGAAAGCAGCAGAAAAGAGUGCAGAUGCAGGAAAUAGCCGUAUAGUUCGCAGCCAGCGGAGCAAUAGUUUAUUGAGGAAUAAUCCCCGAGUCGGCGCCCAAAAAGAUCCAACAAAUACCCCAGAAACACAACUGAACAACCAGCCCAGGCAAAAGUAUAUACAUAUAUAUAUAUAUAUAUAUAUAUAUUAACAAAGAAAUUCGUUUUCAAAUCCCAACACACCGUGAACUUAGAAUAUAUAUAUAUACAUACGCGUAUAUAUAUAUGUAUAUAUAUAUAUAUAUGGAAAAAAGUAAAAGAAAAGAGGAAAAACGAAAUGCCGAACGGGUGGGCAAAAUGUGAAAACCCAACAAAUAACUACUCAGAAUCAAAUGUUUGAUAUAGUAACGUAACGAAACGCAACGCAACGCAGCUCUAAAAUCGGCUACUAAAUCAGCACAUUCAAAUCAAAUAUGGAAAAUACAAAAAUAGAAUAAAUAUAUAUAUAUGUCUAUAUAUGUGCACAUAUAUGCGUGUAUAUGUAUAUGCUGAUGGCGUAAGGAUGAAAAGAUCAUAAAAUACAUAUUUUAUGAAAAUUUUUUGCAUAUUUUUUUUACUGUUUGGCCAAAAUAACAAACUGAGUGUGUUCAUAAAGCAGUACAAUGUAAACUUAAAAGCAAACUUAAACGCAAAACGGAUAACAAAUAAUUCAUAACUACUCUCCAACUACUGUUUCAAUGGAUUCUGGUUUUGAUUUUUUUCGAAUUUCCCGAAUUUCCAUUGCACCAAAGGAUAUCGCUUGCUCAUAACUUGGGGCGAAUUUUGAUGCAUUUUAAUCCAGCUACGGUUGUAAUAAAGAGGCGUUUGCGGAAACGUUGCGAAUAGUGAAUAUUAGAUUGGAAUUUGAUAUCAUUGUCUUGUUUAUUUCCCCGAGCUUCCUUGAGCCAAGCCAAGUCAGGUCGGUGCGCCGUGUGAUGAAUGCACAAUCCCAGCCGAAUCCAUAUGCCAUUGAAAGCCUAGCCGCAGCCCCAGUCACGAACGCAAAACCACUGCCACAGACAUCCAGCAGAACCCAGUUACCCAGCUCGAUCCAAAUGAGUAUGAUAUUAAAACUGAAAUUGAAUUGGAGAAUGUCUGGUUGAAGCGGUGGAGCGAAUUCCCAUUCUCGUUAUGGUUUAGAACUGCAAAUCAAUUCAAUAUAGCACAGGAUACAGCAUACAGAAUACAGAAUACAGAAUACAGGAUACAGGAUACAGCAUACAGAAUACAGAUAUAGAUACUGAAAUUGCUACUGAUACUGAGAUACUGAUACUACUGGAGGGAAGUUAACUAAUGCAAACAUAUAGUUUUAAGUACCAUAUGAAGGCAGUUUUCUAUAAAUUAUUAACGCAAGGAAUUAGGAGAGAAAACUAAGACUUAGAAGUGGGGCUGGAUUCGACAACUUCACUUUUAAUCACAAUAUUGCAGCCGCCGUCAUGUGGAUAAAUAUCGCCAAUUUAAUCCUCAUCAUUGCUCAGCUGUGCGUUUUCGUCACAUCUGCAGGGGAAGCAGAUUACACACUAGAUGAUUCAUUUUGGAAUGAAGAAAGUCCUGUUGGAGAAGUGGAACGUUUACUUAAGGAGUACAGGCAAAAUCAAGAGCUUGUCCGUCGAAUUGGUGGUCACUAUUACCAAAUUAUAUAUCCAGUACAGCUGCGCCAUCACGAGAAGAUGGGCAUAUCCACGCGCGAAGUCAGUCUCCCGAAGCCGGGACAAAGACCUCGACCGCACGACGACAGUGGAUUCAACAGGGGAAGAACAAAGAAACACUUUCAUCGCACAUCGUUGCUGAUUAAAGCAUUUAACCACAAAUUUCGCUUGGACUUGGAGCUCAAUUCACAACUUCUUUCGCCAAACAUACAACAGAAACACUACCACGUGGGUGGAUAUCUUGUGGAUGGAAAUCGACAUGAUAUCGAGCACUGCUACUAUCAUGGCACCGUAAAGGAUUAUCCCGGAGCCAGUGCAGCAUUCCAUACCUGCAACGGUGUAAGUGGCGUCAUUCACAUCGGUAACGAGACCUUUGUUAUCCAUCCCUUCUACGGCGGAGAUCUGUCCAAACAUCCACAUGUCAUCUUCGAGGCUCGCACAAAGGCGAACAAAGGUUGCGCCAACUCAGGCAAUCUGGACUCAUGGCGUCUAUCCCGCCGCACCAAGCACUUGUCCGCCGGUGUUGCUGGCGUCGUGGAGGAGAUCCUCCAGGCGGGAGUUGGCCGCAACAAGCGGGAUGUGCGCGAGGCCACCAAAUACAUUGAGACGGCCAUCAUCGUUGACAAGGCAAUGUUCGAUAAGCGCAAUGGCAGCACUCGUGCCGAGGUCAUCCACGAUGCCAUUCAGGUGGCCAACAUAGCCGAUCUGUACUUUCGCACGUUGAACACCCGCGUCUCGGUUGUCUACAUUGAGACUUGGGGCAAAAACCAGGCGGUUAUCGAUGGCAGCAAGGAUAUCAGCAAGGCAAUAUCCAACUUUAAUGACUACACCUCACGAAAUCUGUUCCAAAUCGAACGAGAUACCACACAGCUGCUGACUGGCGAAACAUUCGCUGGCGGUGAGGCUGGCAUGGCUGUUCCCGAAACUGUUUGUACGCCCCGUGCUGUGGGCAUCAGCGUGGAUGUGAAUGUGUAUGAGCCGCAUCUUUUGGCCGGCACAAUGGCCCACAUGAUUGGCCAUAACAUCGGCAUGGGACACGACGACGGACGCGAGGAGUGCUUUUGCCGCGACUGGCACGGUUGCAUCAUGGCCCAGUCAAUUGUCGGCCAGGAGAAUGUCCAGCCAUACAAAUUUUCCGAGUGCAGUAAAAAAGAUUACAUUGACGCAUUGCGGACUGGCCACGGACUGUGUUUGCUCAACAAGCCAAAUGAGAUUGAGUUACGACGAAAUUGCGGCAACAAGGUGGUCGAGGAGGACGAGGAGUGCGACUGUGGAACUUUCGAGGAGUGCGCUCUGGAUCAGUGCUGUGAUGGCAUAACGUGCAAGUUAAAGUCGGAGGCCCAGUGUGCCAGUGGUGCCUGCUGUGACCAAUGUCGCUUGCGGCCAAAGGAUUACAUUUGCCGUGACUCCAAUAACGAGUGCGAUCUGCCCGAGUACUGCGACGGCGAGAUUGGACAAUGUCCGUCGGAUGUCUUCAAGAAGAACGGCUCACCAUGCGGUCUAAGCAAGACUGGCAUCUCAGGUUACUGCUUUCAAGGCUAUUGCCCCACGCUGAGUCUGCAAUGUGAGGCAAUUUGGGGUUAUGGUGGCUCAGCUGCGGAUCGUCAGUGUUAUGAGCAAUUCAAUUCUAAAGGCUCAAUUAACGGGCAUUGCGGUCGAGAUGCCAAUGAGCACUACAUUAAGUGCGAACCAGAGAACGUCCAGUGUGGAACCCUGCAGUGCAAGGAUGGGGAACGGCAGCCAGUCAACGAUGGCAUCGAUCAGCUCUACUCGAGAACCAUCAUUUCGAUCAAGGGCCAGGAAUUUGAAUGCAAGGCGACCAGCGGUCAAGUGGGUUCCAACAGUUAUCCGGAGCACGGCCUGGUUAAGGACGGAACUCCGUGCGGUGAUAAUCUAAUUUGCCUCAACCAGACGUGCGUCAGUCUCUUUCCCCACGUGGAUCAGACCAAAUGCCCGGCCAAUUCACAGGGUCUAGAGUGCUCAGAACAUGGCGUCUGCACCAAUACGAAUCGCUGUUUCUGCGACAUGGGAUGGGGCGGCAACGACUGCAGUUCUGUCGUGCUGCUCACAACAGCACUGCCAACCGAAGCACUGCCCACGCCGGAAAACACCAUCAAGAUGGAGAAGAAAGAAACCCCAUAUGGCACCUCUGACCAAAAUAGGAUCAGCACAUUAACCAUGGUCAUCAUUUUAACAGUUAUCGUCAAAUGUGUCUUCAUUAGUUUUGCAACACUGGCCGUUUGCUACAGGCGAAAGACCACAACGCUCAAGUACGACCCGCCCUAUUCGAAGAAGCCAAUUGCCAAGAGCUACGGCGGAGCGGCAACGGCGCCCAAUCAUCAUUCCGUGGAGGAGGUCUCCUUGGACGGAUCCAGCAAGUUAGUCUAUGCCAAUCAGACUGGCUUCAGGGACAAGGGAAUCCAUGGACGACGCUACACGACAUGUGGCGAGGACGAUCAGUCACAUGCAGAGAAGGGUAUAUUAAAGAAGCACGGCUACGGUCUGGUGCACGGUGAGCAGCUAAAAGACAAAUGGGGCGAUGACAAUCAGUCCGAUAACCUCGAGCUUAUUACCCAAGACGGCACCCUGGCGUCGACGAGCGGCGGUGCGGCUGCCUCCGAGGUGGAGCGGACGCUUAAAUCCCUUAAUGGGUAUCAUGAGGACAUUUUGGAGGCGCUACGGAAUGCGGCCACGCAUCGGGGAACCGGAACCGGAAACACGCCCGUCGGCAGCGGCAGCCUGAGCGAGGAGAUGCUGCGCAAGACGCUGCAGGACUGCAACAAUUCCCAGCUGGGCUAUUCGGCGGAGCAGUACAAGCGUAACAUUGGUUCCAAGUCCAGUUCGCGUGAGAACAUCUGCGACAAUGCCGCCGUCCAUGCGAUCAUCCUCGAUGGCAGCGGCGGCGGACUCGGCGGCAUGGGACUGGGCUCGAGCGUGGGAGCCGGCGGCGGAUCGACAUCCAUGUCGGGUGGCAUGCCGGGCCAUGGCGGCACCAUGCUGCACCAUCAUCGAUCCCAGCAUCAAUUGCAUCAGCCGUCGACGGUGGCGCUGCAGCCGCAGCAGCUGGAUGACGAUGAUGCACCGUCGACGGGACCACUGCGUAUACGCAAUCUGGAGGACCUGAUCAGGCAGCUAGAGCACCACUCGUCCCGUCACAUGAGUCCCAGCGGAUCCGAGGAUAUACGAAUGUCGGAAACAGAGGCCGAUCGACACUAUAGAUUAGAAAGUUCCGCGGCUUGUAGUGAGUCAUCUCAAGGCUCCAAUCAGCAAAUACCACAAUCUCAGAAAACCGCUACAAUUCAUGCGUCUUACAGCAGAAGCUGUCGUCCCCGUUCCGAUGAGGAGUCCCGAUUCACAUUCGGUGGACGCUACCGACAGCCGGCAUCAUCUGGACGCCAUGCGCCGCACCAGUCGCACUCACCCCACGCAUUCGGACAUCAUACGCACCACUCCCAUGCCCAUGGACAUGCCACGCACGGUCCACACUCGUCCCAUCACUCAUCGCACACCCAUUUGCAGCAGGAGGACGAGGGCAUCUACGAGACCGCUGACCACCACGAACGCCAGGUGGUCGACGCUCGACUCGACUGCCACGAGACACCAGAUAGCGAGAGUGAUGACUUUAUUCAAGCUCAACAACAGUUAGCCCGGUGGGCGAGUGAGGAUGUGGUAUCCGUCGUGGUAUUGGACCAGCCGCCAUCCGGUACAAUGUCGGAUUCCCAACCAUACAUCGACGUCGGACCCAUUUCGGGGGCUAUAGCUCAGCAGCAGCAUCCGCAUCAGCAGCAGCAGCAGCAGCAGCAGCAGCAGCAUCCGCAUCAGCACCACGGCGAUCAUCAUCAAUCCUCCGCAGCGGCAGCGGGAUCGGGAUCGGGAGUGGCAGCGGCGACAUCGGUGGCCAACAGUUCUAUAAUGGCUUUGCCAAUCGUCCCAAAUGGUAUAAGUGUAAGUCAGAGGGACUACUAUCCAUCCCCGCCCUCAACGGAAACGGAAAGCAGUGGAAGUGUUAUCCAGCCGCCCAUUCGUCGCGGUUUGCAAUCGGCGGCAGCAGCAGCAGCGGCGGCAGACACGGCGGCACUAAGUCAGCAUCAGCAGCAAUUGCAGCUCCUUCAGCUGCCAAUUUAUCAGCAGCAUCCGCAUCAGCAUCAUCAUCCGCAGCAAUCAGGCGAUACCAGCAGCAGCAACAACAGUCAGUCCGAACAAAUCAUCGAGAAUGGCUGCUACCCGGAAUAUAAGCAUUGAUAUUGUUAUCUAUAUGAUAGAGAAGAUCAUCCUCAUGGUCCAUAUGAUCCAUGCGAUCCAUGCGAUCCAUGCGGUCCAUACUGCAUCAGAAAUCGCGCAUAGAUCAACAAUCAGCCACGCCCACUCCACUCACAUGUGCCCGGAGCCAGCGCGCAGCUAGCUUUCUCUCUAAAUAAAUGAAAUUUGUAUCGACCUUUAUGAUUACUUUAGCAUAGUUACCAAUACGUUGCUCGUGUAUAAGCACAUAAAUAAAUGAAUUUAGCCCUAAGUAGUUAAGUAAAUAAAUGUAAAUGUGAAGACAGCAGACAAAAACCAAAACAAAACAAACUAGUUAACGUAAAAUGGAGCGGAGUAAAAGUUAGCACACAAAUUGAAGCGAGAUGGAAAUGGGAAACUGGAAAAUGGGAAAAUGGAAAAUGGAAAAUGGGAAAAUGGAAAUGAAUAUGGAAAAACAAACUUAACAAGCAACAAAAAUGUGUAUUCUUAUGUGUGAGUGGUAAAUAAAUAGCCAUACUUUAUUCAUAGAUUAAUAACAAUUAUUAAGUGAGUGCAUCCCAAUUUAUAUUCAUAAUCGUAUAAUGAUACGUAUAAUGAUGAGAGACAACAAAAACCGAAAAAUGAAAGCAAAAGCUAACCAAAACCAAAACCGAAAACAACAGCAACCGCAUUAACGAAAUAAAUAAUUAAAAAUUGGGAAAUAUUUACAUAUUUUUUGCAUACCUCGGACCAAGCAAUGGAAUGCCAAUGUUCGAGUAGGAAAAUCUUUCAAAAAAAAUAAAAUAAAAUACAAAACAAACCAAAAAACAAAAAACAAUGACCGUAAACAGAAAACCACAAAAAAGAAUAAAUAACAAAACCAAAAAGACAAAAAUAAAAAUAAACACAAAACGCAGCUGUAAAUAUGAAAAUUAAUAUUUAUGCUAGUUAGUAAAUUAUACGAUCCUUUGCUGGACGUGUAGAGAACUUGAACAUUUCGAUGGUCACGGAUAAGCGGCAGGAAAAAUACAAUUGUGCACUGGGCCCAGCCCGGGCUUUAAAAAACCCCCUUAUUGGGGCAAUCUUACACCGACUGAUAGAAAAUUUUGGGCUAUAUUGCCAGUUCUCGUUCAAUAAUCUUAAAAAAUGGAAAAAACCAAAAAACCAAAAAACCAAAAAACGAAAAAAAAAACCAAAUGGAAUGAAUAACAAAAACGCUAUAUACAUAAAAAAUAAUUAAAGUAAUUCAAGAAAACGUGAAAACAUGAAAGCGGAGAAAAAAUAAAUCGGAAAUAUUAAUAUCUGUAUGGUUAAAGUAUGAAUAUGAUCAACAUAAAGUUAAGGACAAUGCUAAUGUUAAUUUAUCGGUUUUGAAACAUCAGUAAUAUAUCGUAUUGUACCGUAAAUUAAGCCAUUUAGAAUGAAACGUACGAAUUAAAAUUAUUUUCCAGCUUU